UAUUCGUCGUGUUUCAACUUCUCAAUCUCUUAAUUCAAUCAUUUAUUAACUUAUUACUUAUUCGAAUAUCGAUAAGUAUAACGAUUAAUUAUAAUUAAAAAUAAAAAAAAAAAUAUUUUUUGUUUCAUUAUUUCGCUGCUUUUGUAAAACAGCGUGUAUAACAAACUAUGGAUUAUAAAGAUCAAUAUCGCAUAUGGAAUAUUUUCACAUAACACUUUUGGAUUACUUCAUUUUUUUUUAACUUAUUUUUAAAUAAGAAUUGAUUACAAAUUAGAAAAUAUUUACAACUUAAUAAUAAAAUAUUAUUAAAAUAUUUAAAAUGCCAACUGAAGGCCCAGCUGUGAUUGAAGAUCAUGCCAUAUCAUUGGUAAGAUCAGCACGUAUUGAUCAGUUCCUACAAUCACCAACAUCAAAUGGAAGCGGUAAUAGUAAUAGCAAUAAUUGUAAUAUAACAUCUACUACACAAUCAACAACAAAUUCACGUAGCUCAUCUGGUGGUAGAUCAUCAUCAUCAAAUAGUACAACAAAUAAUUAUGAAACUCAAUUAGCAUAUCAACAUCAUUUAGCUGCAACACAGAGUGGUCUAGUACCAUCAUCAGUACCGCCAUCAUCAUCACAUCAUCGAGAGCAAUCAGCGUUUGUUCCUGUUUUACCAUCACGAAAUAUACGUGGUCCAUCAGCCCUCUAUGGCAGUAUGCUUGAUGGAUCAGAAUCAUUAGGUAAAGAUGCAGCAGCUGUAGCUGCAGCAAAACGUGGUGGUUCUAGUUAUGAAAUAAUUGCGAUGAUGGCUGAUAAACGUAAAGAAUUAGCAUUAAGAGAAGCUGCAGCAGCAGCUAUGCUUUUACCUAGGCCUAAUGUAAAUCAACCGGGUGGUCCACCACCACCACCACCACCACAUCCAGCUGGUUUAUAUGGACCGCCAGGAGCAUUUUUAGGUGGUCCAGGACCAUCACCAACUGGCCCCGGUACAUUUGCUUUUCCACCAACAGCAGCUAGUUUAUUUCCUGGUGGUGUACCUGGUAUGCAUGCCGGUUUAGAUCGUCGUUUAUUACGUGCACCUGGACGUGCAUCACGUCCAAAAAAACAAUUUAUAUGUAAAUUUUGUAAUCGUCAAUUUACAAAAUCGUACAAUUUAUUAAUACAUGAGCGUACUCAUACAGAUGAGCGUCCAUAUUCAUGUGAUAUUUGCGGCAAAGCAUUUCGACGUCAAGAUCAUCUUAGGGAUCACAGAUAUAUUCAUUCAAAGGAGAAACCAUUUAAAUGUACAGAAUGUGGAAAAGGUUUUUGUCAAUCGCGUACACUAGCUGUACACAAAAUUUUGCAUAUGGAAGAAUCGCCACACAAAUGUCCCGUAUGUAGCCGUAGCUUUAAUCAACGUUCUAAUUUAAAAACUCAUCUUUUAACUCAUACUGACCAUAAACCAUAUGAAUGUUCUUCUUGUGGUAAAGUAUUUCGACGAAAUUGUGAUCUUCGUCGCCAUGCUCUUACUCAUGCUGUCGGUGAUGUUCCAUCAGAAUCUAAUACGGAAAACAAUCAACGAAACUCUAAUGCAACAGAAAACGAUGAUGAACGUAAUUUAAGUGCUGAUGAAGAUGAUAGUGUUCUUGAAGUUGAUUCACCGCGACAAAGUCCAAUUCAUCGUAUAAGAUCACCAACACCAAGCAAUCGUAAUUCACAUUCAAAUAAUGACAGUCAAUCUUCAUAUCAUAUUAAUGAUGACCCAGAACAUGAUGAUUUCGAUGAAAAUGAAGAUAUCAUUGAUGAAGAAAUUGACGAUGAUGAAGAUAUAAUUGAACCAGAUGAAGAAAGACCUUUAGAAUUAUCUAGAUCGAUUCAAGAACAGCAACCUGAAGUAACACAUUGCCAUCAUGAAGGCAGUGAAACGUAUACAAUGCGUCCACAACAUGAAAAAGAAUACAGUAAAGAUUUGUCUUUACCAAAAUCAAACUCUCAACAACCACAACAGCAGCAGCAAACGGCGCAUCAAUUAUUACCCUCAACACAUCCACCACCAUUAAACCAAUCUACCACUAUACAUUCACAUAACUUCCCUGUGCCAUUAAAUCAAAUUAGAUCACAUCCAUUAUCGACGGCGAUCCAAUCUCAAUCUAAUCCGCAACAAAAUACAUCGCAAAAUUUGACAACUAGCAUUAAUCGUACUCCAGGAGCCCUAAAACCUCCUGAACCAUAUAUUCCCAUGCUGCACGUCCGACGUGAUUUACAUCAUAAAAGUCCAUCAGUUCCUCAACCGAUUCGAAAUCAAUCACCAUCUUUAAAUAUUUCUUCAACUUCAAAUGUAGUUAAUAAUGAUAUGCCACAAUCGCAAAUUCACUCAAAAUUACAACCACCACCGUCGUCAGUAUUAUCACAACAACCUUCAGUACAAACUUCAAUAACUAACAAUAAUAGCUGCCCUAUGAUCGAUCAAAUACCCAGUUUCUUAGGUUCGAUACCAAUUCGAAAAAGACCCAUUGGUUUAGAUGGAGAACCCCACCCGAUAAUACGAAAUACACAUCAUAUGACCUUAAAUAUGUCUAGGAUUCAUCACCAUACUCAAUCAAAUGUACCGCCAGUUGUCCAUCCACACUUACACCAUCCACAUGCACUUUUGAAACCGCCUGAUGAACUUCUCUUACCACCGAUACCUGGAUCAUUACAUCAUCAACAUCAACAACAACAAUCAAAUCCAUCACCUGGCACCAAUUCUUUGGUCAAUCGUGAACCGUUAGCACUUCAUCAAAAUCCUACAAUUCCAGUUCCAUCACAAACUUCUCUAACAACAUCACCACAUAGUUCUUUAACGGUUCCAAGUGUAAUUAAACUACCUUUAUCUCCUGAAGAGUUAGUACAAACAAAUAUGACAACAACAGUUUGUAGCAUAUCACCACCAACAGAAACCAAUUCAAACAUUCGGCACCAUCAUCAACCACAACAACAACAACAGCAGCAGCAACAUCAAUCCAAACAACUGCAACAGCAGCCACCAUUACAUCCACCACAACAGCCCCGUAGAACUGGUUUUAGUAUAGAAGAUAUAAUGCGUCGUUAACAAUCAAAUAAUAAUAAUAAUAAUGAAUAAUAAUUUAUACUUGUAGAAUAUUGAAAAAUAGGGACCACUUAUAAAUUAUGUAGGAGUUUUUAUUUUCAUAACAUGUUGUGAAUUUUUUGAAUUUAAUAUAACACUUUUAUCUUUUCCUCAAAUCAAUUAUUGUUAAUAUACUUUAUACUAGUUUUAAUUUAAUUUAAAUAAUUUUAAUUAAAAUAUUUUUAAAAAUUAUUUUGGCUUUCCAAAAGUGCCUUAAAAAAAAAUGUUUGCCUUAUCUUUAUUUCUUUAAAAUAACAUUUUUUAAUUGUAUAACAAAAAUAAAAGGAAAGUAUCGUUACUAAAAUAUUUUUAGAUUUAGAAAAUAAGAUAAUUUUGUAAAAGAACAUUACAAACUUAAAUGGCUGAAAAUUAAAUGUGCUUUACUUAGUUUUAAA